CUAUAUACACACCGACUGAGACUCUCCUCCUUCCACUUCCACUCUCCAAUGCCGCCUCCUCCUCCGUAGAAAUUCUCAGAACCCUGCAUCGUCGAACCCCAGAAAUGGAUCCGCCCUACCCCAAGCCCCGAUCCUACGGGCCCCACCCGAAGAUGGCGGCCGAUCCUCCCCUUCCUCUGCCGCCGCCGCCGCCGCAGCAGCAGCACUCCGACAACGACCGGAGCAGCGGCGAGCUCCGCGCCCUCGACUGCAACCUCUCCGCCCUGUGCGACCACGUCCAGAUCGAGGGCUUCAACUCCGGCUCCUUCUCCGACAUCGCCGUCCACGCCAUGGGCUCCACCUACCACCUCCACCGCCUCAUCCUCUCCCGCAGCUCCUACUUCAGGAACAUGCUUCACGGUCCCUGGAAAGAAGCCGGCGCUCCGGUUGUUACCUUGCAUGUUGACGACAAGAAUGUUAACCCCGAGGCCAUGGCAAUGUCAUUGGCUUAUUUGUAUGGGCACUAUCCUAAGCUUAAUGUUAAUACUGCAUUCCGUGUUCUUGCGGCCGCUUCCUUUCUUGAUCUUCAGGACCUAUGUGCAAUAUGCACAGACUUCAUUAUAUCUGAACUGUGGACCUCAAACUUCUUAGCCUAUCAGGUUUUUGCAGAGAGCCAGGAUUAUGGCAUACAUGGAGAGCGUGUCAGGAAUGCUUGUUGGGGCUACCUUUGUCAAAGUGGUGCCAUGGAAUUGAAAGAGGUGCUUCCAAAAUUGUCCCCUCAAACUCUACAUGCGCUGUUAACCUCAGAUGAACUCUGGGUGCCUAGCGAGGAGAAGCGGUUUGAACUGGCGCUGUUUACACUGCUUGCAAAAGGUGCACUUCACAGGGCAGAGCUUUCUGAGCAGGGUAGUUCUGAUUCUGAGGCUGGAUUGCCUACUCUAUCUGGUUCUUCCAAAGGGAAAGGAAAAAAUUUGAUGAAUAGCUUCUCGCACUUGAAAUCAGAAUCUGAAGUAGGAGACUUAAGCUUGAAAGCUGGAUCGGAGGGAUGCGGUACUGCUCACAAUCUUCUAGUUGAGCUUGCAGGAGUUGUCGAAUGCGGAACAGAAGAUUCUGAUUCUAAACAACCAGCACAACAAACUGCAUAUGCUCAGUCAAAUUUGGAGCCCAUUUUCUCAAGUGGCUUGGAAGGCACCAAGACGUUGAAGUCGUCUGCAGAUACUGAUGUGAGUAACACCUCGUGUGCUUAUGUGGCAGCAUCUAUAGGUGCAAGGACAAGUGGGUUAGUGAAUGGUGGAUUGACUAUGGAGGGGCCAUCUGAAGACAAUUCGUUCUAUCGCUUGGAUAAUAACUGGCUUACUAGGGACCAAUCAAGGCAUGGUUCUUCUAUGAUGAGCUCUUCCUGCUAUGGGAUCAUGCCAAAUGAUUGGGGAAAAUCUGGCAUGCCUACUCUUUCAUGGGGUGGCAGGGUUGUGGGAAGACAGCAGAUUAAAAAUUGUGCUGCAGAGAACUGUGGAGUUGGUGGGGAGGAUUAUGAUACAUUUGUCGAUAUAUUUGAAGGUGGUUCUCUUUUAUAUAGCAACAUGUCUUUUGAAGCUCUCAUCAACGUGAGAAAGCAGCUAGAAGAACUUGGUUUUCCGUGCAAAGCUGUGAACGACAGUCUAUGGUUGCAGAUGCUUCUAAGCCAACGGGUACAAGAAAUUGGUGCUGAUACUUGCAAGAACUGCUGUCUUUUGAAUAUUUCUUGUGCCUGUAGACAGCCAUUUGUAUAUUCUCAUGGGGUAUCUGCAACUGGGUACUGCAUCCAAGAGCAAGAUCAGAACAAUUCAAAUAACAUAGGAAGUGUUUAUGUUACUGAACCUAUUCAAGGUGAUGGUAAUGGUUUAUUUAGGCCAGUACGAGUACAUGUCAGGGGACCUGUUGAUGGGUUGGCUGGUAUUGGACGUGGAAAUACUUUUGUGCCAGCAGCUGCUUGGCCACCAACACGCUAUGUCUUUUCUCGCGUGCCUUUUGGUGUUGGCAACAGAAAUUGCACGCAAGCACUUGCUAAUGACGAUUCAGAAGCCAGAGGUGACCAGGGUGGCGAUUUGUCGGGAGAUGGGUUGACAGCUCUGGUUGGGCUAACCCAGGGAGGAAGUAAUGCAGCUAAUAUCCAUGGAGAUCUAACCGCAAGAGGUUAUGAGACAGAUCUUCAGAGCAAACUAUCUGGAACUUCUGUUGGGGGACCAAGUGGAAAUGCUGUCCCUAUGCAGAUGCUUGAUCAUACCGGUGAUGACGUUGGAAUUCAAUGGGAUAGUACUAGUGGUUCCUCCAUCUCUUUGGAUAUGAAGACCCCUCUUAGUCAUUUUCCUCCUUUCCGUUUUGGGGUUGAAUUUGUGGAUGUUCACAGGCUCAGCGAUGGCCAAGUCAAGCACUCAGCAGAAGUAUUUUAUGCGGGUUCAUUAUGGAAGGUGAGUGUCCAAGCUUUUAAUGAUGAAGACCCUCAAGGGCGCAGAACACUUGGGUUAUUUCUUCAUCGACGGAAGGCUGAAUGCCCUGAUUCCCUUAGAAAGUUUCAUGUGUAUGUAGACACUCGUGAAAAGGUUACUGCUCGGUAUCAGCUGAUCUGUCCAUCGAAAAGAGAAGUCAUGGUCUUUGGAAGUUUUAAACAGAGGGGCACUCUUUUGCCAAAAGCUCCAAAAGGAUGGGGUUGGCGAACAGCUCUCUUAUUUGAUGAGCUCCCCGAUCUCCUCCAAAAUGGUGCCUUGCGGGUCGCUGCUGUCGUGCAGCUCGUGUGAAGAGACACAAGGUAGUUUACCCCGAUCCUUUGUAGAUAGCGAUGGUUAUAAUAAGGCCCAGAUGUAUAGUUAAGGAUGCAGAAAUUUAGCCAGGUGGUACUCCCUGGCCUUGUAUUACAUGAUAAAGUCCUGCCAUCUUUGAGUUGAGCGGUAUAAUUCAGAGAAUACACCCCUUGAAAACUUGUGGUAGGUUUUUGUGUAUCCCUUGAAGAUCUCGGGAUUGUAAUUAGCACAAGAGAAAAUAAGAAAAAGGGAAAAAAAACAUCUUCAUGGCAUAAUCAGUCCUUAGAGAUUAAUUUGAA